AUGGAGAGCAGAAGGAACAUGGUGGAGGUUUUGGGGGUGCCAGAGGUUUUACCAGCUGAGAGGACAGUCGAAAAACUGGAGGCUUAUUUCCUCUCAAGCAGGAAUGGAGGAGGAGAGGUGCUGAAGGUGUUGUACCCCUGUUACCAGGCGGGACAGGCCUUCAUCAUAUUUGAGAGGCAGGACGUUGCUGCUAAUGUCUUGAGAAAGAGCCGUCACAUGUUGGAGGUGAAUCAUCAACAGUAUCGUUUAACAGUGAAAGCAGCGGACAGUCCUAAGAUGAAUCUCCCAGUGGAGGCAAUGAUACAUUUGAAAAAUUUCCCAGAUAAGAAAAUGGUGCUGGAAAUCCUCAAGUCACACGGCUUCACGUUGAUGGACAUGAACAGUGAUCAGGUGCGUGUCAAAGGUUCAUUUUCGAAGCUCAGAGAUGUUAAGGCCCAAUUGGAGCAGCUUCAAAACCAGACGAGGAUACCACUGUCCUCUUCACCUGUCCAGAGCACUUCCUCUGGAGCAAUAUCCAAAUACUACACCAAGCACAGCUCAUAUGUGUCAGAUGGUAAAGGAAACCACUUAAAAUACAGAGACAAGCCUUCGCCUACUUCGCCUGCUUCACCAUCUUCACCCGACACCUCCUUAUCUUGGAGGUCAGGCUCUUUUCACAACCGACCCACCUCUGCAGAGUCCAGAGCUGCUUUUUCUCAGAGACCAGAUCAUAGUAUGUCAUUCAGGCGAGGGACAGAGUCCUUUGUCGUGGAUGCAGAUGUGUUAAAGUACGCUCGCCGGUUGAGAAAAAAAGAUAUUGAAGGCAUACUGGCCAGCCAUGAUGUUAGACUAGAAGAGGUUCAAGUUGGCAAUAACAUGAAUAUCACUUUACAAGGGAAGAGUGCAAAGAUGGCUGCUGGAAAACUACAGAGCCUUUUGAAUGAUCUCAGCAAGUCUCUGCGCACUCAGGAAGUUCUUCUGAAGGACAUGGAUCGUGACAGCCAGGCUCUUCUGGAGAAAAUUCAGAAGGACAAAAACAUUUAUAAGUCAGUACUCGUCUGUGUGAUGAGUGACAGACUUCACCUCAUAGGACCGUCUGGCGAGAGCUAUGAGUUGAAGCAGAGGCUGUCAGGAAGGCCAGUUGACCACUCAGGGCGUACAGGGAGAACAUUUGACAGAGACUCCAGGAAGAGGAGCCACUCACUGCCCCCACUCACUGGAAAGACCGCAGGAAGAGAAAGGGAUGCCAAUGCUAAUCCAUCUCCUGUCGGUGCCCGAGGUUAUUCUCCGUCAAAGUACCAGGAUGUUGGAGAGGACGAUGAUGAGCCGGAGCGGGUAUCUACCGGUUGUUUUGGUAAACCUACUUUAAGAAGAAGCCAGUCAAUGUCCCGUAUGAAAAACUGUCCAGAAAAGUCUAAUGGUCACAUGCAAGACAAAAAAACUGAAAGGACACCUCGUAGUUUUUUCAGAACCCCUUUGUUGAAAUUAUCUGGAAAGCAAUCAUUUCGUCCGAAAAAAUAAGCAGCCAAUCUAUGUUA